GGUCACGUGGUGCCACUACGUCACAUGUAAACCAGGGGGAAGAUGGCGGCCGCCGGAGGAGAGCCUUCUUCUCACAAUAUGUCGGAUGAAUUAUUUCAAACUUUUAUCUCGGAGGUGAAGCAGAUUGAGAAGAGAGACUCUGUGUUCACCUCCAAGCAGCAGAUUGACAGACUGCUCAGACCUGGCUCAUCCUACUUCAAUCUCAAUCCCUUUGAGGUGCUGCAAAUUGAUCCAGAAGCCACAGAUGAUGAAUUAAAGAAAAGAUUUCGGGCGUUGUCCAUUUUGGUCCAUCCAGACAAAAAUCAGGGUGAUCCAGAUAGAGCUCAGAAAGCCUUUGAAGCUGUGGACAAGGCAUACAAACUCCUACUGGAACCGGAACAGAAGAAGAGAGCCUUAGAUGUGAUCCAUGCAGGAAAAGAAUAUGUGGAGCAUAUGGUGAAGGAGAAAAAGAAACAGUUGAAGAAGGAUGGGAAAUCAAUGGAUGUGGAGGAGGAUGACCCUGAAGUGUUCAGGCAAGCAGUGUACAAACAGACCAUGAAGCUGUUCGCAGAGCUUGAAAUCAAGAGGAAGGAAAGGGAAGCAAAGGACAUGCAUGAAAGAAAAAGGGCAAGAGAAGAAGAAAUCGAAGCAGCAGAGAAAGCCAAGCGAGAGAGAGAGUGGCAGAAGAAUUUUGAGGAAACAAGGGAUGGGCGUGUGGACAGUUGGAGGACCUUCCAGGCCAAAGGCAAGAAGAGCAAGGAGAAAAAGAACAGGUCCUUCCUCAAGCCCCCAAAAGUCAAGAUGGAACAGAGGGAAUGAUGAUGUAAAAUUGAGACUUUAUUAGAUUUAACUCACUGUUAUAAAACCCCCCAGUUCUGUGUAACCUCACCCCGUCGUCUGCAGUCAGCUGUGUAGUCGUCAUCACACAGUCAUCGGGAUACUCGUACAACUACUUCCUCAUCCUGACCCUGACAAACGUAGUUUUGUACUUGGUUUUUCUAAUGUACAUAUUUGUGAUCUGGACCCAGAGAUCAUACCUGCCUCAUGUAAGAAAAGAAAUGAUACAUCUUCCACUUCUGUAACUGAUGAGAAAAAUGUGGUGUCAUUAUUUUUGUUCUUUUUUUUAACUAAAUAAAGCUUGGUCUUAACAAGCGUA